AGAAGGAAGUAGAAGCUUUUGACUAUUUCAAGAGUGCUACAGACUCUGGUCAAGAUCCAAGAAAAGCUGGUUUCAAAACCCGCUCCGAACUCAAAAUGUGGAGCUCUUCUGAAAAAUUCUUCAGCUUUCUGGUCUUGGUCUCCGCCAUCGCCGCCGGCACGGUGUUCUCUCCGGCUGCCGCAACCGACCACAUUGUUGGUGCCAACAAGGGAUGGAAUCCCGGCAUGAACUACACUUCCUGGGUUAACAACCAGACCUUCUAUGUCGGCGACCUUAUCUCCUUCAGGUACAAGAAGUUCCAGUACAAUGUGUUUGAGGUGAACAAGACAGGGUACGACAACUGCACGACCGAUGGAGCAGUAGGCAACUGGAGCAGCGGCAAAGACUUCAUACCUCUCAACGAGGCAAAGCGGUAUUACUUCAUCGGAGGCAAUGGUCAGUGCUUCAACGGCAUGAAAGUAACGGUUCUCGUUCACCCUCUUCCUCCUCCACCCUCGAGCUCCGUUUCAGCCAACCAGACUUCUUCCACUGUCUCUCUUCCUAAGCAAUCCUUCAGGGCCUUAGUUGUUGUGUCAUUUGUUUCUGUUUUUUUCAGAUUCGGUCUGAUCUAAAUCACUUUUGGGAGUCGUUUUCUCAUCUGGGUUUUGUUUCUUCACCAUUUGGAUUAAGGCUUGGAUCAAACGGUUCAUGCCAUCAGGGUUUUUAUGAGUGAAAUGAGUGAUUCGUCAUUUAGAUUCAAAGGUUGUUUUGCAUUGAUGUUGUAAUGGGCACUAGACUUUUUGUCUGUUUCAGACACAGACACAGACACUGACUGGGAAUUUAUUUGUUUGCCUCCUUGAUA